AUGGGGCACCUACCUUACUCCCCGGAACAGAGGAGUCCGGCGCCCAUGACAGGGCAAGCGGAAGCCCCUUUGGCCCAUUCACGGGCAGAUUCACCUGUCAUUGUGUUGAGGAAUGGACACGCAGAGACGCUGGCCUCCGACUCUUCCCGUUUCCACACUCUCCCACACGAGCCUGCCUCUGACCCACUUCCCUUCCUGGCAGGGUCCUGUGUGGUGUCGGGUGACCCUCAUUACUACACCUUUGACAAGCAAACUCACCACUUCAUGGGCAACUGCACCUACACCCUCUCCCAGCUGUGCAACCAAACCAGCCCUCCGCUGCCCUACUUCAACGUGGAAGCCACCAACGAGCACAGAGGGGGCAACACACAGGUGUCUUACGUCCAGAGCGUGGACGUGGACGUGCUAGGCCUCCGGAUCACCCUGGAGAAAGGGGGAACGGCGAAGGUCGAUGGGGAGGAAGUCGUCGUCCCCUCCACACCGAAAAGGGGUCUGCAAAUCUUGCCCAGCGGCUUCUACACGGUGGUCUCGACGGACUUUGGCUUGAAAGUCAAGUAUGACGGAAACCAUCAAGUGGAAGUGACGCUCCCGAGUCCCUACAAGAACCUGGUCUGCGGCAUGUGUGGAAACUACAACGGUAACCCCCAGGACGAUUUCCUGAAUCCCCGCGGGGAACGGGAGCCGGAUUCCACCAGCUUGGGGAACAGCUGGCAGGUCUCCAACCUCACCAGUUGCUCCGCAGGGCCCCCUCCUCUCUGCACGGAGGCUGAGAAGGAAGCCGCCCAGAGCAGCAGCUUCUGCGGACUCCUCACGGAUGCGGCGGGGCCGUUUAGGCAUUGCCACGGCACCAUCAACCCAACGGGGCACUUUGACGGCUGCCUUUACGACCAGUGCGCCCUGCACCUGGACCCUGGCUCCCUCUGCAGGAGCCUGCAAUCCUACGCAGAUGCCUGUCUGUCCCUGGGGGUUCUUGUAGAGCCCUGGAGGAACGCCACCUUCUGUCGUAAGUUUCUGAGGAGCAGCAGCGGCACCCGCAGCCUCCCUCCCUUGGGUGCACAAGAAUACCUGGGCAGGGACACUGCUCAUACGGGGCUCCACGGCAACAGUGCAGCGGAGAGGGCCCUUGGGCCAACGCUAGCUUGUAUGAGCUCCCAGGGACAGUUCUCAGCAUCGUCUGUGCGGGACCGCUGCCAGAAGUCCUAG